AGCUUUGUUUUUGCUUUUUUUUUAAUAAUUAUAUUCAAACAAAUUUCAGGUUCCGAAUUUUUUGCGUAUGUGAAGAAAACAGUAGGUGCUGAAGUUCCAGAUGACCAGUUUGUUGUUCCACGUGAGGCUUAUGACGCUCUCGCAGCAGAAUAUGACUCUGUCUGUGGUGAGGCAGCUGAGUUUAAAGAUAAAUACACUCGUGCUUUAGCAGAAACUGAGAACGUCCGUCGGCGUGGUGCAAAACAAGUUGAGGAGGCCAAACUUUUCCACUUACAGAAGUUUUCAAAGGAUCUGAUCGGUGUUAGAGAUAUUUUGGAUUUGGCUGUUAAUGCGGUGAAACAGGAAGAUAUUGAUGCUAGUCCGAAGCUGAAAGCUUUACAUGAUGGGAUUGUUAUGACCUGCAAAGUUUUUGAAAAAACGUUUUCUACUCACGGGAUUGAAAAGGUUUCUCCUGUAGGAGAGAAGUUUGAUCCAAAUAUGCAUGAAGCCGUAUUCCAAGUGCCAAAAGAUAAGGCGAAGCAUAAGCCAGGUUACAUAGAAGAAGUUAUGACUAUUGGUUACUCCUUGCAUGGUCGUCCUAUUCGUGCAGCGAAAGUUUCAGUUGUAGCUGAAUGA